AUGGCGCGGAGAAGGGCCAAGAGCGGGGGGCGAAGGAGACUCAAGAGGGAGCGAGAGGGUGCAGCGGGGGGGGGCGGAGGCGCAAAAAGGAUACGAAGGGACAAGGGGCCAAAGGCCAGCAAAGACCACCAAGCGAGCACAGAAUCAAAGAGGGGCCAGGGCCCGAGGGGGAAGGCAAAGGAAAAGGCCGGGCAGGGACAGAGCAGGAGCAAACCACAAACGGAGAAACGGAAGGAAGGCAGGAGCAGCAAAGAAAGGGGGACAAACAAGGGAGGGCAUGGCACGGACGACACGGGGGGACAAGAAGAGGGGGGAGGAAGAGCAAAUAGGGGACGGGAGACACGCAGGAGGGGGAGGUUCCGAGGAGGAGGUACAAAACAAAAGACAAAAAGGCGAGAGAAAGGAAAGGAAAAACACAGGGACCGAGGAGGGGCACGCGGGGAAGAGAGAGACAGGCUAAGAGGGGACAACGGGGGGAGAGGGGAUGUAACGAACGAAGAGGUAGGAGAACGGAAAGGCGGAAGAAGCGGACAGGGGCCGGGAAGGAGGACGCCAGACGGGCAGGGCGCAGAGGAGAGAGGGUAG